AUGUGUGCAGCAAAUCAGUAUUCUGGCAUGGAUGGUCGAUCUCUGGAAAACAGUUAUACAAACAUUUUCGCCCUGACUGACCUCAGUGGUAUUCACUACCGAAAAUACGUUCUUAAGGAGGAAAAAACGUAUGGCAUAUACGAAGAUCCUGUUCUCGCUUCCUAUUCAAACUGCCUUAAACAAAACUUGAUGUGCGCCUGGGUGCGCACCAAAAAGGAAAAGUCAGAACCCCAAAAACCGUACUUUUUUUCCAAUUUUACGCGAGAGCUCUGGGUGUUUUGGUAUGGCAGUGGAGACACGUCGUCGUGGGAGAGCUGUAUUUCUCCCGAUUUAGAGAAGGUUUCUGAUGGCAACUGGAAGAAGGGCCUCAGUUACGAAACAAGAUGCAUACUUUUCAAAGCUCUGCAUAACGUUUUGGAAAGGUGUCUCUUAAGCAAAGGGUUCAUCCGCCUGGGUCUGUGGUUCCUCCAGCCAUGUAGCAGCCUAUACAACCGCGACAAGGUUCAGUACAGUAUCAACUUCUCGUUUUUCCUCCACGGUGAAAGUACCGUCUGCUCGAGCCUUGACAUUCGUCAGUUUCCUAAGGUGAAGGUUCUGAAUUCUCGAAUAUUCUCCCUUUGUUUCAAGUCAAAGCAGAGGGUCAGCGUUAUUUUGUCACCUUAUGGAAUUUCUGCCCGCUUGGUUGUACCAUCUGUUGGUGCUAAGGAGCCUUCGAGUAGCCAGCUAGACAACUGGAUAAAAUUUUACCCAAUGAGAUUCGAUGGGUGUGACUUCAAUCCACUGAAUUACUAUCUCGGGUCUACCGGAAACAAUGAGUUUUUGACGCCAACCAAAUCCUCACCCCAACAGUUCACAAAGAACGAGUCUGGGACCAAGAAAUCUCCUAAUCCAUCGAGCAGCAGUGAAAAGUUGCCCAAAUUUGUGGAUGUUCUUCUCGAGGUGCUGGAGUCCCUGCUAUCUGAUGGGGGCAAUCGCAAUUCUCUCCCUUCACACGCUUCGGAUAGCGUUCCUCCAACCUCUGAACACGUUUCACAGCCCCCACUGGAACCAAAUGUUCUCGGCCGCUUCGCCAAUUUUCCGCAUGUUGGCAAGAUGUCCAGUCAACCUCGUUUGCCCCUGGCAAAACUCCCCAGCGCUCGCCGACGCCGACAUCUUGCCGACCGCGCUCUUCGUCGUGCUUUACGC